AUGGAGUCGAAAGCAAUGUGGAAAUUAAUUUUCUUUACUUGUUUAUGUGGCCUAAAUUGUCAAAUUGUAACUUCCAAUUUGAACGAAGGAAAUUCUUCUUCUGCAAAUUGCAAGAGCGAAUUCGAAAAGUUUAAGAAUAAUAACAAUCGCAAAUAUAUUCGCACCUACGAUGAAAUGCGAAGUUACAAAGCGUUCGAGGAAAAUUUCAAAGUUAUUGAGGAGCACAACCAAAACUAUAAGGAUGGUCAAACGAGCUUUAGGUUGAAGCCAAAUAUUUUUGCUGAUAUGAGCACAGAUGGUUACCUCAAGGGAUAUUUGCGACUGUUGAAGAGCAAUAUUGAAGACAGCGCGGAUAAUAUGGCCGAAAUAGUUGGUUCUCCUCUAAUGACCAAUGUGCCCGAAAGUUUGGAUUGGCGGAGUAAGGGAUUCAUCACACCACCGUACAAUCAACUUACCUGCGGUUCGUGCUACGCCUUCUCCAUUGCCGAGAGCAUCGUGGGUCAGGUUUUCAAGCGAACCGGGAAAAUAUUGAGCCUGAGUAAGCAACAAAUCGUGGAUUGCAGUGUGUCCCAUGGAAACCAAGGAUGCGUCGGCGGUUCCCUGCGAAAUACUUUGACUUAUUUGCAGAGCACGGGCGGCAUAAUGAGGGAUCAGGAUUAUCCGUAUGUGGCAAGGAAAGGUAAAUGCCAGUUUGUAGCCGAUUUAUCCGUAGUUAAUGUAUCAUCUUGGGCCAUUCUUCCCGUGCGCGAUGAGCAGGCCAUCCAGGCGGCAGUUACCCACAUUGGACCAGUUGCCAUAUCUAUAAAUGCCUCCCCAAAGACAUUUCAACUGUACAGUGACGGCAUCUACGAUGACCCCUUGUGCUCCUCGGCUUCCGUAAAUCAUGCCAUGGUGGUGAUUGGUUUUGCAAAGGAUUAUUGGAUACUAAAGAAUUGGUGGGGCCAAAAUUGGGGCGAAAAUGGUUAUAUACGAGUUCGCAAGGGAGUCAAUAUGUGCGGACUUGCCAAUUAUGCCGCUUAUGCAAUUGUUUAAACUAAUGCUUCUAGAUAUUUAUGUAUAAAACAAAUAUCUAAAGAAAAAAUCAACAAAUUCAUGUUUCAAAGUCUAUAAACUGACGAGAAAAUAAAUGAUUUUUUAAUAAUAACGAA